GAGAUCUGCGUCACCGCUAAAAUACACUACGGCAUAUCUAAAUUCUCUAGUAUCUAAUUAAAUUAAUUUUAUGAACACUAUUAGAUCUUUUUUGUUAUACUUUUUUAAGACAUAAUUUUUGUACCUCAGACCAAUGAUUUUUUUUCCUUUUACUUUUAACCCAACUACGACAACAUUCAACCCACAAGUGAAAAAAAUUUAAAUCAAAAUCCAAAACUGAAAAAGGGACCAUACCAAAAAAACAAAGGGCAAAAAUAUGGAGUUCAACAGAAACACACAGCCUGGGGGGUGGCUGGUGGGGGGCUAGGUUAGGAGAGACAGAAGGAGAGAGAGAAAAAAAAGUUUUCUCGAUGAACAAAGAGAAAUCGAGAAACUAAGAAAUAAAUAAAAAAAGCCAGUAAUUGAACAGUUGGAGGAACGAGGAAGAAGAACAAACAAGGGGAACAAUUUUGUAAGGGGAGAAGAGGGGAUCAUUUCGUUAUUAUCAAGCGAGAUGAUUAAAAUGUCAGAUUUCUAAAUUUUCAUAGGGACAUCCCUAAAUUCUAUCCAUCUCCUCUAGCCCCCGACAAGCCUCACCUCCCGUAUCAAAUUUUUUCUCUUCUAAGGAAACAUUUUAAUUUAUUUUCUCAGCUGGAGAAUAUCAAACAAAAACACCCAUUUUCACACAUUCUUCUAUCACGGUAAACUGAUCAUCCUUGUACCUCAUUUUAUGUUUCUUGUGGGUUUUAGAGGAAAGGUUGUCUAAGAUGAUUUAAUCUAAGUGAUGGUGAUGAUGAUGACUAUAUUUCAAAAACCCACGCUUGGAAUUUGCUUCUGAAAUAUAGGUUUUUGUUGAUUCAUGUUCUUCUUUCCUUGAGAACUCUUCUUCAGUUCCUCCUGGGUUUUGGCAUUGUGGGUUGGAAGAUUCUGGUGGGCAAAAGAAAAUCGUGGUAAAAAAAUAAUAAACCCUGGCGAUUUGCUGGUGAAAAACCGUUGCUUACCUCCACUGCUAGCACCAAUGGAGGGGCGGUGGAACCCAAUUGGAACCCAAUUUUGGUGCUUUUUGGUGUUCAUUGUUGGGGUCAAAAUUCAUGGGUCUUGGUCACUUAACGAUGAAGGAUUAGUUUUGUUCAAAUUUCGAGCAAGGGUGAGGUAUGAUCCUUAUGGUGCUUUGGCUAAUUGGAAUCUCAAAGAUGGUGAUCCUUGCAUGUGGUCUGGUGUUCAUUGUGUUGCCGGUAAAGUUCAUAUAUUGAAUUUGAGUGGAUGCUCUUUGAAAGGGACAUUGGCUCCCGAACUUGGAAAACUUGUCCACUUGAGAUCAUUAGUGUUGCGAAACAAUUGCUUUUUUGGUAUCUUGCCGAGAGAGAUAGGAAAUCUUAAGAAGCUUGAGAUACUCGAUUUGAGAGAUAAUUACUUUAGCGGGGCAGUUCCAGCUGAAAUUGGGAGAUCACAAACCCUAAAGUGCUUGUCAGUGAGCGGUAAUAAGUUUCGAGGUACUAUUCCAGGGGAAAUGCGGAGAUUGAAACUAUUGUCACAUUUGGAAUUGGACGAGAGCCUUACAUCUACUUCAGCCGCUAGAUUCAAAUAUGUAGAUUGCAAGUUUGAAGAUGAUACAUGGAUGGUAAGGUUGAGACAACUGCAGAGGGCUUAUUCACAUAUAUUACCGCCAUUUAUGAAAUCUCUUAGAGAAUACAUCCAUAGCUUAGUAUUCCAAAUGGUUCAUUCUGUUCAACCUGUAAAAGGAGGUUGCUGUUGUUGUAGUAAUACCCCUGAGAUUCUCUUCAACUUUGCGCGACGACGUAGACUCCAAGAACAACAACCUAGCAACCUGGUCGCUGCCGAACCGACCAGCAAUAAUGGACCAAACUUUAACGACAUGAUCAUCGUUCCAAUCACAAGAGGUAGCGGAAGUUUCCCUGCUGUACCAAACUCGAAGUCGCCGCCGUCACCUACUGCAUCAUCGGACCACGAUGGAAAUGCACCGAGUGAUUCUCCAAAGGGACCAAUCAUCCAAGACCAUGCACCGCCGUCGUUUUGGGACACUUGGAUUUAUUUCCUCUUCGCUCUAAUGACAGCCAUCUUGUUGGCUUCAAUCUUUGUCAUGAUAUUCUUGUGUCGUCGACGAGGAGUGAGACCCAUUGGUCCUUGGACUUCUGGAAUCAGUGGCCAGCUUCAGAAGGCAUUGGUUACGGGGGUUCCCAAGUUGAAUAGAUCAGAACUAGAAACUGCUUGCGAAGAUUUUAGCAAUAUAAUAACCUCGUAUGACGGUUAUAUCGUGUACAAGGGGACGUUGUCCACCGGAGUUGAGAUUGCUGUGGCAUCAACUACAACGACUUAUCGCAAGUUGUGGUCUAGGAAUGCAGAGAAGGCAUACCGUAGAAAGAUUGACACACUAUCGAAAGUGAACCACAAGAACUUUACAAAUCUCAUUGGCUUCUGCGAGGAGGAUGAACCUUUCAAUCGGAUGAUGGUGUUUGAAUAUGCCCCAAAUGGAACACUAUUUGAACAUAUACAUAUUAAAGAAAUGGAGCAUCUUGAUUGGACGUCAAGAAUGAGAAUUAUCAUGGGAGUGGCUUAUUGCCUAAAACAUAUGCAUGAUUUGAAGCCACCUGUGUCUCAUACCAACUUGACUUCCAAUUCAAUCUUUUUAACUGAUGAUUAUGCAGCUAAGAUUACAGAAAUUCCUUUCUUGUCACAAGCUGCAUCAAAACCCAAACCCUCAAGUGAAGACGAAGGGGAAAAUUCAGAAUUACCACCGACUGUUGAUCCAGAAACAAAUGUGUACAGUUUUGGCAUUAUAUUGCUGGAAGUAAUAUCAGGAAAGCUUCCUUACUCGGAGAAAGAAGGCCCUAUAGAGAAAUGGGUCAAGCAAUAUUUAAGUGACAAGAGUAGAAUCACUCAUAUGGCGGAUCCAUCCCUCAAGGCCUUCAAAACUAAGCAAUUAGAAGUAAUAUGUGAAGUUGUUCAAGAGUGCAUAGUUACAGAUCCACGACAGAGACCGAGCAUGAGCGAUAUCGUUCCUCGUUUGAGAGAAGCCAUUACUAUAUCACAAGAUCAGGCUGCACCAAGGUUGUCCCCUCUAUGGUGGGCUGAACUGGAGAUUCUAUCGCAGGAAGCAAAUUGAAGCUCUGAAGAAUUGGUGUCCUCUUGAUCAGUAAUGUGACUUCAUCAUCAAUGUGUUCUUGUGAUUCCCCAAUGAAAAGUACAGUCUCUUGUAGGAAAUUUCUAAAGGUUCAGCGGAUAGAAAUUCAAACAACAUGGUAAUUCUCCUUAACUUCCCAGCUGACAGCUCUAUUAGGCGGCCAUUGACAUAUUGAAAUCACCAUUUGCAUAUUUAGACGAUUGGUUCAUUAAUCACUUGUUAAGGAUGAAGCAAGCAUGGAGUCGAGCAAAAUUAAGAUAUCAAACUUUGUAUAGAAUAUUCCUCCUCUGUGUCCAUAAGAGCACGUGAUAUAUGAAGAGAAAAAGAAUGUUCGGAAGAAAAAAAAACAAUGAUUAUAUGUAACAAGGUGAUUGUACAUUCCAUGGUGUAAAAUUGAGUGAUUAAUUAAUUCGAUCAGAUUAU